GUCAUUUUUGUGGUCGUUGCUACUGAACACACAGGUGUCUCUAGUCUGAUCAGCAUGGAUUCCUAGGUGUUUUGUUUUAUUUAGCUUUAAGUCAGGCCUCACUUUUAGUGGAUUUGUUUCCCAUUUCACACAAUCAUCAGGAGCAACUAUUGACUCAUGUCAAAUUACAAGAACGGAGGACUUUUCAACCCUGCCUACCAUGACAACGAGACCCUGGAAAUUGAUAGGAAGCAACAGCACACUAAUCCCUAUGUCCAGGAAGAACAAGACUGGUGGAAGGACAGGCAAGAAACCUAUGACACCGAGAUUGGCCAAAGCAGUGGUAAUGAUGCUGUCGUGGGAGUACCCUGGGGGGGCUGGCAGGAGGAGGGCUGGAGGGGAAGAGAAAGUAUUCCUAUGAAACUUCAGUCAAGACAUCCGGAAAGUUCUGUUUUCCAGCAUGACUUCAAUCACGGUCCAUUCCAAACCGACCGUGACGUUCCUUCCGAUCAAAUCCCACCUAUCCGACUUCCUUCUGCAUCAUCAGGCACCGUGUCUAUGAGGUGGAGGGGAGUUGGAUUAAGGAUGAACGUGCUUCCUAGCGAUGAUCCUCAUCAUCUAGCAUUCACAGAGGAGGCAAUCAGGAAUCAGGUGGAAAAUGAGGAGCAGACGCUUGUCAAAGAACUUGUUGGCUUGUCAACACGAGAUCGAAUCAAGGCCAUACGAGACCUUCCGAUGAGUUUUGAAGAGAAAAAACAUAUAAGGAAUGAAGUACUAGCAUUUGAGUCUCGGUCUCAGCGGUUCACAUGCUUUGCAGACUGUUCAGAGAGAGCGUCACUUUUUCUUCGCAGGUGCGGCUAUAGUAUCCGGUCAGCUAGACAGACCUUGGAACUGUGGCAAGGCAUCAUGAAAGAGAUAGGUGGCAAGUUCGGCACCAGCGUGCUCAUCUAUUUUGUAUUCCUCAAGUGGUUGCUUAUAUUCAACAUAUUCUCCUUCCUGGUUAACUUUGGCUUCAUCACCAUUCCACUGCUGGUUUAUGAUAUUUCCCCCAAUUUACCUCCAAAUGUUGCCUUCAUGGGACUGGAGAUACUAACUGGAGCUGGUCACUUCAACUACACUGUCAUGUACUAUGGUGGUUACACCAAUGAAACCCUAGUGGGUAUAAUGGAAUACAACAUGCAGCUGGCCUACUUUUUCACGAUUGCCAUUUAUAUGAUGUUGUGCGGGAUUGCACUAAUCACAAGCAUGGCAAACUCCUUCAAGACAAACUACGUGCUUGUGGAUCAAAUUUCAAACAGUGCAUGGCAGCUUUUGUGCAGUUGGGAUUUUAAAAUCAUCAACGAAAGAGCAGUGAGACAGCGCAAGAACAACCUCAGAGUCCAACUAAAGGAGUCAAUGUCAGAGAAGGCACAAAGGGAUCUACUCACCCUCACUGAAAAGCUCAAGCAGAUUGGGAUUCAUUUAGGCUCGUGGCUUCUCUCCACCAGCCUGGCUGUCGGCUGUGCUGCCAGCAUCUAUUUUCUCUGCCAGUAUGAGCAGCAGAACACAGCAGAUGCUUCAAACUGGUCAUUAGGUCAGGAGGCAGAGACUCUCCUGGUCCCCUUUGUGGUGUCCUUAAUGAACCUGGUGGUACCACUCUCCUAUUCUCUCUUCAGUAAAUUUGAACAAUAUUCCAGUCAACGCAGCCACAUCUACGCUCUAUUGCUCAGGAAUGUGAUACUCAAGAUGUUGAUUCUGGGUGUUUUAUGCUACUACUGGAUGAAUGUUGUGGCUCAGAAGUUUACAUGUUGGGAGUCCAUGGUCGGACAGGCAUUGUACCGCUUGGUCAUCUUUGACUUUUUCUUUCUCAUGUUGGGAUCCCUCUUUGGAGAGUUCCUCAGCAAUUUCAUUGGAAGAACAUUUCUACCACAUCUUGGGGUUCCAGAGUUUGAUGUAGCCAGAAAUGUCCUUGAACUCAUCUAUGCACAGACUAUAGUCUGGAUUGGGAUCUACUUCUCACCACUGUUGCCUGCCAUUCAGAUUGUCAAGUUUUUCAUCCUAUUUUUUGUAAAAAAGGUCAGCCUGACUCACAACUGUCAGCCUCCACGGCGCACAGGCAGAGCAGCUCAGAUGCAAACCAUUUUCAUCGCCCUCCUGUUCUUCCCCUUCUUUGUGGGAGCCCUGUCAAUUGUUGCAUACACUGCAUGGCGACUUACGCCUUCUGAGCACUGUGGCCCAUUUCGUGGCCAUAACACCACCUUCAGUGUGAUUGGAGUCUGGAUUGAUGAUUUGCAAGGCAUUCCCGGUUCUCAAGGGGCCAUCUGGAUCUAUGAAAAUGUCAUCAAAAGUGAAAUUGUUUACUUCCUUGGCACACUCAUAAUCUUAAUCAUCAUAUAUAUCUUCUGGCAAGUCUCUCAAGGCCGCAAGCACCUUAUUGGUCGACUGAGACAGCAAAUUGUUAACGAGGGGAAAGACAAGUCAUUCUUGUUGGAAAAACUACAGAACCUCCAGAAAUGUCAUCCUAAAAAGAAGCACAAACACAAGAAUCAAAAGAAGCACUCCAAUCAGUGCUUGGACAAGAGUUCAACCGGUGGUAAAUUCCACUCAAACACCACAAUUCAGGCUUCAAUUGUUCCCCAACAACUUGAGCAAGAGGAGCGAUGGUUCCCCAGUGGUAUGCCGCUUCCCUCAGAUAUCUCUACAUCUGAUGAUGUAGUGCAAACCCUGAAGAGCAGUCAGAGAGACCAGGAGUACCUGGAAGAAUUAUACCCAAUGUGCCAGCCGUCCUUCACAGGAGGGAUGCCUGCCAGGCAUGUGGGCGAGCAUGAUGGAAGAGAUUUAUUCUACAGUACAGCAGAAUCUCCUGUGAUUUGGGCAGGGGAAGCAAGACAAAAACAAGAAGAUGAUUCAGCACAACAAAUAGAUGACUUGCCAUCUUCGUUGUCAAAUGCUAUGAUACAAGUCAUGCAAGCAAGACAGAGAGUAGAAAGAGAUGAAAGUCUUCGUUGGGGCUUUGCUCCUCCCCAACAUCUACCUCCUGCUAGUUCCAGCGCACUCAUACAAGCUAUGUUAGUCCGGCAGCAAGCCCAGAAUGAGUAUGACGACGGCUACUAAAGUACCAAAAAGCAAGUAUGAUAUUUUUA